CCAAACUGUUAGAUCUGUUCGAGGCCUGAGGGCGGAGAAAACAAAUUAAACACUCUCUCUCUCUCUCUGUCUCUGAGACUCUGUAUGCUGUGAGUGUGUUCUCUUUUUUGAUCAUCAACCACAAGCAAUCACCUAAAAAAGCCUGAUAGUUUCAGCAUUUUCCCCCUCAUUUCAGCUCUCUAGCAAAUACUCAGAGGGAAAAUGAUGGCAACGACAUCAGCAAAUACCUUUUCAGUCGGAUCAGCUAUAUCAUUCAACCCCAAAGCAAACGCACAUCCGCAAUCAAAGGCCUUUGGCAUUAAAUUGAACACUCCGCACUUUCUGAGUUUCAGUGGCCUUAAGGCCACAUCAUCCAUUAGAUGUGAAUCAGAAUCGUCCUUCUUAGGCAAGGAAAGUAGUGCAGUUCUUCGACAAUCUGUCAAACCAAACGCCCUAAAACAAAACCAGAGAUCUUGGAGUUUCCUUCAGCCUCAGGCAUCUUACAAAGUGACAAUUCUAGGAGCUGCAGGGGGUAUCGGCCAGCCACUAGCACUUCUGGUCAAGAUGUCACCAUUAAUUUCAGCCCUUCAUCUUUAUGAUAUAGCAAAUGUCAAGGGGGUUGCAGCUGAUCUCAGUCACUGCAAUACUCCUUCUCAAGUUUUGGAUUUCACCGGAGCUUCUGAAUUGGCCGAUUCUUUGAAAGGCGUAGAUGUAGUUGUGAUACCUGCUGGUGUUCCAAGGAAGCCGGGAAUGACCCGUGAUGACCUCUUCAACAUCAAUGCCAGUAUAGUGAAGACCUUGAUUGAGGCUGUAGCUGAUAACUGUCCUGAUGCCUUCAUCCAAAUAAUUAGCAACCCAGUCAACUCUACAGUGCCAAUUGCAGCAGAAGUUUUGAAGCAGAAGGGUGUAUAUGAUCCCAAGAAGCUCUUUGGUGUUACCACUCUUGAUGUUGUCAGAGCAAACACAUUUGUGGCGCAGAAGAAAAACCUUAAGCUCAUUGAUGUUGAUGUGCCAGUUGUUGGGGGACAUGCUGGAAUAACUAUCCUACCCCUACUGUCAAAAACAAAACCCUCUGUUAGUUUGAGCGAUGAAGAACUGCAAGAGCUAACAAUGAGGAUCCAGAAUGCUGGUACAGAAGUUGUAGAGGCAAAGGUUGGUGCAGGGUCUGCUACAUUGUCUAUGGCCUAUGCUGCAGCAAGAUUCGUUGAGUCCUCUCUCCGUGCUCUUGAUGGAGAUGGUGAUGUCUACGAGUGUUGUUACAUUCAGUCAGAGUUGACUGAGAUUCCAUUUUUCGCAUCAAGGGUUAAGCUUGGAAGGAAAGGGGUUGAGGCCGUGAUUUCAUCCGACCUUCAAGGAUUGACUGAGUAUGAGGAAAAGGCUCUGGGAGCCCUCAAGCCAGAGCUGAAAGCCAGCAUCGAGAAGGGGAUAGAUUUUGUCCACAAACAACCAGUGGAUGCCUAGAUUUGAUAGCUGAAGUGAUUGCUUCGAAAGAGGAAUAAAGUAAGUGUGGCUUAUCCUUGCAGAUUCAUCAAUGCAUUUGCAUCAAUUUUGUAGACUACUUGAUGUACUGCAUUUUGCUGGUCCGUUUGUGUUUGAAUUACAUGACAGAAACAAUUGAAGAGUAUUGUGGUGUUGUAGAAUUAUGUUUUCAUGGGCAGUAGGUUGUACUUAAAAAACAUUGCCGGUGCACUGUACCAAAGCAAUUUUGAUUGUUCUGGA